AUGGCGCCUAGCCCGUUAACCCGACUGAUAGUACUCCAACAACAACGCCAUGAUGAAAUUAAACGCAUCGGCGAUCACAUACGUCAUCGUGCGGCUAACAUGCUUAGCAAAACGAUCGUACAAACGCGCAUUAAUAUGAUCAACGACCUGUGGGCGGAUGUGCGUAAGACACACACCGAUAUUGCACUGCGAGCAGAGGCGUUUGAAAACGCUUAUAUUACUGAAAAUAAGUACGCUGCCUUGCAAGAUAUCUAUGAGAAUACCCUUGACGUAUUGUUAACCGCACUACCGCAGUCUCCGAGUAAUGAGGAACGCAAUCCUCGACGACGCGAACGUGAAGACGACGAUCACGACGAUUGUUCAGCAAAACUUCCUAGGUUAGAUCUACCUACCUUCUCGGGCAAGCAUGAAGAUUGGGAUAGCUUCGCGGACAUUUUUACCACCCUCGUACACAACGCGCCGCGCAUUGCUGAUACUACUAAGCUUCAAUACCUGAAGUCUUGCUUGAAAGGCUCUGCAGCCGAGUUAGUGAAGGACGUCACUAUCUUAGCCAACAUAGAAGACGAUGACGAUGAUUAUCUCGUUCGCAUGCCAAAGUUCGUCGAUUUGGCUGCGUUUCUAGAGAGACGCGCACAGUCUUUGAUAGUCAUCCAAGCUGAUAAGGAGGACAAACGUCCGAACCCUCCUAUCAGUACUCUCUCAAGCUCGCGUAAAGUUCAUCACGCACAAUCGUCGCAGCCAGCCAGGACUUUGAAAUGUGGAUUUUGCGAAGGAAAUCAUUUUACUUCAAAAUGUUCCGCCUUCCUUGCAAAAACUCCAGAAGAACGCAAAAAGGCAGUGCGCGAAGCUAAGCUGUGCUUCAACUGCCUCGGCCGUCAUAAUCGUUCCGCGUGCCCAUCAAAGUAUAGGUGUAAAGACUGCACAACCGAAGAACGUCAUCAUACUUUGCUUCACUCCGCUUUUUCCACUGAAAGGUCAAGCGCUUUAGCAGCUACACAAAAAUUUAGAGCGAAUAUUGGGCGCACGGCGGGCGGCCCCGGACUCAGUAUUAACGCUUGCAACUCGGCUGCAAGUCAGCAAUCCAUCUUACUCGCCACGGCCCAAGUUACGGUUAUAGGCCCGUUUGGAAGACAGACUUGUGCUCGGGUCUUGCUUGAUCAAGGGUCAGAAGCCACGUUUGUCUCUGAGUCGCUCGUCCAACUCCUCCAGCUCAAACGAGAUCGUGUGACAACUAGCCUAAUGGGAAUAGGAGGCUGUACUGCUGGCACCGUCAAACACGCGACUAGCUUCACCAUGAAAUCGAACCAGGAUCCUCCAUUUAAAAUUGAUGUGAAUGCAUUUGUUCUGCCUAGAUUGACGUCCGAAUUACCGUCGCGAAAUCUUGUGGAGCUUGAAUUAGAACCAUUUAAGAUGCUACCUCUCGCUGAUCCGGAAUUUUAUCUCUCGGAUAGAGUCGACAUUUUGAUAGGAGCGGAUCUUUACGGACAAUUGUUACAAGCAGGUUUGACCAAAUUUCCUUCAAGCUCGCUAGUUGCGCAAAAUACUGCUCUCGGCUGGGUGAUAUCGGGUCCAACGCAAAGAGUGCCGUCACGGCGGCCGGCAGCAAGCAAACGUGAGACCGUUAAAUCUUUGCGUUGUGUAGUUAGCAAUGACUUAAGUGAUGUGAUCGAACGUUUUUGGACAGUCGAAGAGGUUCCUGUCGCGCCUAAGAGUCUGAAGCCUCAGGAUGAAGUAUGCGAGAAACUUUUUGCCGAAACUCAUAAGCGUACUACUGAUGGACGAUUUCAGGUUCGCCUACCCCUUAAUUCAGAGCCUCCACGAGUAGCAGAUGAGACGCGAAGAGUGGCCCUCGGUUCUUUGCAACACCUAUUGCGUCGCUUUUCGCGCGAUCCUACAUUACAGCAGGCAUACACCGACUUUAUGGAAACGUACAUAAAGCUCGGUCAUAUGAUACCUGUACCAAGAUCUGAAAUUAAGAACACGCGAGCGUGGUAUCAUCCACAUCAUCCUGUUAUCACCGGUACUGCAGAAAAACCCAAGAUACGUGUUGUUUUUGAUGCCUCUCGUCGUACUCAUGAUAAGUACUGCUUGAACGAGCUUCUCAUGUCAGGGCCAGCUCUUCAGAGUGAUCUCUCGUUGAUCUUGUUGAAUUGGCGUCGGUAUAAAUAUGUUUUUACAGCUGAUAUUGUGAAAAUGUUCCGGCAAAUUCUUGUUGCUCGCGAAGAUCAGGAUUUGCAACGCAUCCUGUGGUCGCGUGCACCGGGAAGGCCUGCUAUGGAUUACCGCUUAACAACGGUCACGUACGGCACGGCCUGCGCGCCUUUUCUCGCGAUUCGUACGCUGCUGCAAUUAGCAUCCGACGAAAAGACACGUUUUCCCCUCGGAGCGGCUUGUCUUGAGUCAAAUACGUACGUCGACGAUACGUUCGCGGGUGCAGAUGAUUUGCCGACGGCUGUGCGUAUACGUGACGAGUUUAUCGGCAUCUUGAAGUCCGCUGGCAUCGAGUUAGAUAAGUGGGCUGCAAAUCACCCGAAUCUAUUACCUUCAUUUAUCCUGUCGGGUGAAGUCGGCGCGAUUAAACAAAUCGACACUAACAGCGCGAAACCAUUUGAGAUUCAUGGUUUUUCUGACGCAUCUUCACGUGCAUACGCCGCUGUCGUCUAUUUACGCAUCGAUAACGGUAACGGCAAUUAUCAUGUAUCGUUGCUAACAGCAAAAACGAAGGUUGCACCAGUUAAGACCGUCAGCAUUCCGAACUUUGAGUUGUGCGGUGCAACUCUUCUCGUUAAAUUAGUGGUACACUUGCAAAAACUGAAGUUUCUGCAAAAUGUGCCAAUACGCCUAUGGUCCGACAGUCAAGUAGUACUCACUUGGCUCAAGAAGCACCCGUGUCAUUGGAAGACAUUUGUUGCCAACCGUGUUUCUUUAAUUCAAACCGAGUUACCUUCCGCGUUGUGGUCGCACGUACCCACAAAACAAAAUCCGGCUGAUCUUGCCACGCGAGGCUCGACGCCUGACGAAUUGCGAGCGAAUGACUUGUGGUGGACUGGUCCUAUGUGGCUAUUAUCUCCUUCUGAUAAAUGGCCCCAGCCACAACAAUCGUUGCGUUCACUACAUACUCGGCCAAGCUCUGACGAACCAGUGUUGUUGGCGAGAUACUCGAGUCUUACGCGACUCGUACGUAUAACUGCAUGGUGUUUGCGACCAAUAUUGCAAAAGGUUCGACAGCGAGCAUCCCAAGGCUCUUAUCCUAAAUAUCUCACGCUUGCAGAUAUUGAUAAUGCCAGAACCGUGAUCGUGAGAGUAGCUUAA